AUAUAGACUUUUAUUAUUAGUGCUUUACACCUGCUGCAUGCACUGGAUAAUAAAACGUGGAUGGCAUAGGCAAGCGCGUUGCUUUUCAACGGACAAAUAAGUGUAGGGCGAGUAAGUUGCGGUAUGGCUUCUUAGACGAAUAAAUCCAAAUAAAAAGUUCAUUGUUGCAUGAAAUGUGUAUAAUCUGGGGAUUUAAAGUGGAUCACAUGCUCUGACUGAACAACAGCGGCACGAGAGCACGCGCAUUCCACAGCAGCCACUCGCGCAUCGUUUGUUUUGAGCCUCAAGAAAACCGACAACAGAAAACAUAGCGAGAAAGUAGCAAGGAAAAGUGGAAAAAAUAUUAUUUUUGAUGGACUAUCGCUGUUUGUUUGUGAAGUAAAUCGGACAUUUAUCCACUGUCGGACAUGACGCAUUCCUAUAGUCAGCGUUCUCUCGUGGUGCUCGCGUUUUUAGGGAUUUUAUCCGCAAUAAUGUCCGUGCUAUCCGUCAUUUUGAUUUGCCAGCUCCAAACGCAACAGGUUGUUAUAAAAGAUUCGCCUACUUUCGUGUCGAGUGAGAUCACAGCGGUGUUAUUGCCCGUUUCUACGGUCCUCUCAGCUUUGUCUCUGACACUCAACUUGAGCUCAGUUGUUGUGUGUUUGCUUCACAGCUAUUUCGCCACUGAAAUAUGCCGAGGAGAACAAGAUACACAAAGGGCCGACUGGUUUUUAUCGGAUAGCAGGGCUGUCCGGCAUGUGAACAUUGGGCUGUUUUGCCUUGGAGUUUCAGUUUACUUAGCUGCCAUGUCUAUUUACAUGAUAUUGGCGUUUGAAGUCGAGACUGGCAUAGCCAGUGUGUGUGUGCUCUCCUCUGGUGUUCUCGUUCUGCUACUUAUCGUUAUUCACUCCCUAAUACGGGGCGCACAUACAGCCAAAUCCUUCCGCAGCGAACAUACCCACACCAUGUACCACAACUACCCUGAAAACAGCCCAGGAAUCCAUACUUCGAACCUAAGCAUUACGGAAAAGCCAAUGAGGCAACACAGCUUAGCCAACCUGCAUAGACAUUACAUCAACCCCGCUCACAUCGAUCCUAAAUCGCUGUACUCGCCAUCCAACGGGCCUCACGUUCACUCUAGCGAUAAGGACAGCUACAGCGGCGGUGGGAGUGGACAGACACACCGGACCUUUUCAACAGAGUCUGGCCGGUUUCACACUCAGGCAAAACCCUGGAACGGCGUCAACAGCGAGAUGAGAUCUAUAAUAGCUCGCAAAGCCACGGUCAAGGAUUCAACUUUAGUAUGAAUAGUAUCACAUCCACUUUUGUGUCAAGAUGUGCACUAUAUAUAUAUAAUGCUGCAUGUCUAUACAUUAUUGUCUUAGAAGGCGGCCAAAUUAUUUGUGACAUUUAAAGCAAAAUAUGUAAAAAAAAAAAAAAACAUUUUUGUGCACCUAAUAUCACCUUACAGGUGUUAGAAAUCACACUAACAGAUUUUUAAAUAAUAUUGUGAAAUUACUACUGAAAUACUUUGUGUACUUGAAUUUGUGUAGCUGUAAUUG